AUGAGUAAAUUAUUAAUAGAUGAUCUACUACAAGACUUUGAUGUCAAUAAUAAUGACAAAAGUAAAACACGUCCAAAAAAACAGGCGUCUAUUGAUGACAUUGAUGAUGGUGAUUGGCUUUCUUCAACAAUAGAUACAAAAAAAUCAACAACAAAUACAACUUUAAAACGACAAAAUGAUAUUGGUGAUGAUAUUGAUCUAGAUGAUCGAUGGAAUCGAACAGGCGGUUCUAAUUCUUCAUAUAAACCAAGUUUUGCUGGUGGUAGUACCUUGGAUACAACAAAUUUUACUCAAGGUCAAGAUACAUUACAACGUAUUAUAAGUCAACCUCGACCAGUAACAUCAAGUGGUUCUACAAAAUUUGAUGUUUUAUUUGGAAGUUCACCACCAAAAUCUACUACUAUUGGAGAAUUAGAAAAAAAUAAAAAAGCAGUUCGAUUUGAAGAUCCUGAUCUUACACGUCCAUCAACAGCUCCAUCAACAUCAGAUAAAUUACAAAAUCGUCCUAAUAUAAAUGUAUUAUCAUCUUUACGUACAGGUCUUGAACCAAAUAAAUCAUCUGAUAUAUUUUCUCCAACUAAAACAACAACUGGAUCAAGUAAAUCAAAUGAUUGGCUUGGUUUAAAAGAUGAAACAAGUGAUGACGAUGUUUUUCCAACACAUAUAACACAAAAAAUUGAACCAGCUAUUACUACUCUUGCUAAAAAAGCACCAAUAUUACCUGUUCAAGAAACACGUUCAACCAUAGUUGAACAACCAAAAAAAUCUGUCCUAGAAGAUUUACUUGAAGAGGAUCGACGUGCAUUAACAGAAAACACAACAAUAACACGUAAAAUUUCAACAAAUAAACCAAUACAAGAUUUUCUAUUAGAUGAACGAACAACAUCAAAUAAACGUCCAACAACAACUAGUAUAUCAAAAACUCCAUCAUUUACAGAUAAUCAAGGAGUUAAUUCAUCUCCUAAAACUUUAUUUGAUACAAGAAAUGAUUAUACUAAUGAUAUUUUUAAAAAUCCAUCAAUAGAUUCAAUUUUUCAUACAGAUCAACCAAUCUCAACAGCAAUAAGAACAAAUGCUUCAACACUUGAUAUGAAAAAACUUGAAUUUGAAAAUAAUGAACUUAAAAUGACUGUUGAUCAUAUGAAACGACAACAUGAACUUGAAAUUACAAUGCUUGAAGAAGGUUAUAAACAUCGACUUGAAUAUGUUGAAAAAUCAUGUGAAAGAAGAGAAGUUAGAUUAAAAGAAGAAAAUGAACAUUUACUUCGUCAAUUAAAUGAUCGUACACAACAAUAUGAAAAUGAAAAAUCUACUUUAUUACUUGAUCAUCAACGACGUUUAGAUGAUUUACAACGAGAUCGAACAACAGAACUUGAAAAUUUACGAACAUUACAACGACAAACUCUUGAUCAUUUACGACGAGAACAUGAACAAACAAUUCAACGUUUAAAACAACUUAAACAAGAAGAAAUAUCAACAGCACUUGAUGUUACAACACAUACACGAGCAUUUGAAUCUGUUGUUGAUCAUAUGGAACAAAAUGCUAAAAAUAUUGAUCAACUUAGACUUAAAAUUGAAGCUAAACAUAGUUCUGUUUUAACAGAUAAAGAAAUUGAAGCACGAAAUAAAGAACAACAACUUAAAGCUUAUGAAGAACGUUUACAAAUGCAAGCACUUGAUUUUGAACGUGAACGUAAAAAUUUACAAGAACUUAUUUCACGAUUAGAAGUUCAUUUAUCUGAACAAACAAAACUUGUUGAAGAAGAACGAUGGAAAGCAUUACAAUCUCAAAAACGUAUGGAAGCUAUGCAAGAUGCAUUAAAUGGUGAACAACGUUUAUUUAUGGAGAAAUUAACACGUGAACGUUCAGAAAUUCAACGUAGUAAAGAUCAAUUACUUGAAGAUCAAAAAUUAACAUUAGCUAAUAUAUAUGAAAAUCGUUCACAAUUAGCUGAUGAACGUGCUAAAAUUGAAGCAUUACAAAAAAAUUUUCAAGAACAAAAACAUCGAGAUAUGUUACAAAAUGCUACAAUUGAAGCAGAAAAUCGUGCACAACAAAAAUUAGCUGCUGAACAAUUAGUACGUCUUGAAAAACGUGAACAAGAAUUAAUUAAACGUGAAGAAACAUUUUUAUUAGAAAAACGUUCAUUAAAUGAAUUAAAACAACAUAUUGAUAUUGAACAAUCAAAUAUAAAAAAUCAAUAUGAAGAUAUAAAACAAAAAUUAAUUGAAAUUGAACAUGCUAAUGAAUUAAUUAAAAAAGAAAAAGAACGUUUAUCACAACUUUAUUUUGAAUUACAUACACUUGAUGGAAAAAAUACUGGACGUCUUCAACAAUUACAAAAAUCAAUUCAUAAUUUACGACAACAAGAAGAACAUAUGAAUGAAAAAUAUUCUCGUAUGUCUAAUGAACGUGAAAAUUUAAAACAUCUUCGUUCAAAUGUUCCAUUGAAAAAACAAACUCCAACUAUUGAUUCAGGUUUUUCAACUUUACAAUUAGCUGCAGCUACACCACUUUUACCAAUAAAUUCUUCUCAACAAUCUUUUGAUGAAAAUGCUAUUUUACGAUCAUUACGUAUGAAUGCUCUGCAAGAUCAAUUAUAUAUUGAAGAUGAAAUGUCAUUUCUUAACAGUUUACGUACUGGCAAUCAUCUAUCAUUACGUAGUGCAAGUCUUUCCAAUCUUCAUCGUCAUCCGGAAACGAAUUUACUUAGGACAAAUCAAUAA